CUGAUUAUUGUUGUUUAUUCAGGACAACCUGGAGGCUUCAACCCUUCAGCCGGCGGCGGCUUCCAUCCACAGCCUAAUCAAGGCGGAUUCCACCCGAAUCAAGGUGGAUUCCAACCUAAUCAAGGUGGAUUCCGUCCGCAACCCAAUGCAGGCGGAUUCCAUCCCCAAGGAGGAUUCCAAGGUGGCUUCCAUCCCAAUCAGGGAGGUUUCCGCCCUGGCAGUGGCCUUGGCUCUUCGUCUAGCAGUUCAGCGUUCAAGACAGCUCUUGUCGGAGGUGCUCUCGGUGCAGUCGGAGGUUUGGUGGCUUACGAAGCCGGUAAGGCGAUCAUCAAAUCGGCAACGCAACCGCCAUUUUUAUUGUUAAUAAAAUUACAGUUGAAUCCAACCACAACAACGACCACAAGCGCCCCAGUAACGGAUGCAGAUGGUAGCACUACAACUGCUGCCCCCACUACUAUGAAUCCCAACCAGGUUCUGAAUAACCUGCAAUUCGCCGAUGGAAGCCGUCCGAAAACGAUCAGCUGGGGCUGUAAGCGAGGGGUCGAGGUGUGCUGCGGCACGGACUGUUGUCCUGCUCCAGUCAGCAACAACAAUGCAGCUCCUGGUGCUGGUGGAAGUGUCGGUGGUGGAGGAGCGGCUGGAGUCGCUCUUGGGUAA